AUGAAUCCUAUCGUUUGGGUUUGCGUUUUCCUGUUUUGUGCAGUAUUUGUUUUUCCAUUUUGGAAGGUCAACGCAAAAGCAAACUACCAAAUAUCCAUCGAUGGUUUUGAAACGAACCCGAACAGCGAUCCGGCUUUCGUUGAUUACGGAGAUGUUCAUCCUUCCCAGAAGGCUCGGAACGUAUUUUUGAUUGGUGGAAACUUCGAACUUUUCAAGGAUGUUGAUAACAGUUAUAAGGCAUCCUACGAAGUUUUCCUCGGUGAAAAUAAGAAACCAAUGUUUACGGGAUCAUCCGGUGCUUGUGAAUUAUUAGACAAUGAUCACAAAAUUAUGCAAAGGCUUCGACAAGUUUCAAAUUUUCCCGAGCGUGGAGUGUGCCCGAUGACGUCAGGAAAGUAUAAAAUUGAUAAUUACGAAGUAGAAGAAAGCCAGCUUCCUGCUAUUUUGCCGAAAGGAAAGUACAAACUCGUACUUGUUGUAAAAAAAGAUGACACUGUUAAAGCUGGGUUUACCAUACAUGUUACGGUUAAGUAAGAAUGAGUAAAUAAAUGG